UACAAAUCUCAUCCUACAACACAAAAAAAAAAAAACAAAAAAAACUCCAAUUUGGAUUGCCGGCGUUGCAACUUGACUCUGAGCAGCGAGCGAAAAGUGAAGUGAGGGAGAAAAAUGGGAAGGGGAGUAAUUUGGGCGACGGCGGAGGACUUGGCAAGAAACAGAGGACGCGUCCUCUCUCUGUAUCGCCAGAUACUCAGAAGCCUCAACUCGCCUAGCUUGCCGCUGAAUCUGGCCGCAAGGCUGGCCAAGAAAGCGGAGGCGCGCGCAAUCUUCAUGUUGGCGGCGGAGGAGAGGUCCCUUCACAACAUUGACGACCUCGUUGAUGCCGCUCAUUACUCUCUCUCCCUCUUGAGGAAGGGGGAAUUACCCAAAUACAUUCAAUGAGCCUUUUCUGUAAGAUUUCAGUUUCUCCUUUGGGUGCUCUUUCAAGGAGAUAGGAAGUAGAGCAAUUUGUCUAUUCUCGGUUGCUCUCCUGUUAGCUGAGAUUGACAAACUAAACUGUCAAACGUUUGCGACAAUGUGAAGCUGGUAGGCCUACGCAAAAUCAAAAGAUUUAUGUGCAUUUGAUUUAAGAUUAUCAUCUAUUAUAUAUACUUCAAAUAUAUGUAUACCAUGAACAAUUCGUUCUGCAUAUGGUAGUUCAAUAAUAUUUUGCUUCCUUUAACACUCAUAUGAUUCUUAAUUUGUGCUGCAUUUUGGUAAAAUGUGUUGAAUAGCUUCUCCAUCAAUAAGAUUGGUUUAUUCGUUGGA